AUGGGAAGAGGGUCUUCGUUUGCAAUCGACGAAGAGAUGCUCGCUCUCGUCGUCCCUUGCUCGCCGCCUUCACUGUGGUCGUCGGAAUCCGGCUCGCCGCCUUCACUGUCGUCGUCGGAAUCCGGAAUCCGUAUCGCUGAAAUCGACAAGCUUCUUCUACUCGUCGUCACUCAUUGCUCGCCGUCUUCACUCGUCGCCACCCACUGCUCGCCGUCUUCACUGUCGCCGUCUUCACUGCUCGCUAGCUGCGUGGAGAGGAUCGAAGGAAGGAAGGGUUUCGGCGGUGAGAAAGAGGUGAGAAAGAGGAUCGAAGGAAGAAGGAUUGUAAUUGGUUUCAGACAACCGGUUGUACCGGUUACAACCCACAAAUAA